AGCUGGGCUGGUGAGUCUUGCCGUCUCGCGGGCCAACCCGAACCCCAAGGCUCGCGACCGCGACACUCUCCCUGUCUCCUCCGCCUCCCCCUCAGAUCUCGCCGCCGGCGGACAUGCUCCCCUCCUCCAGCGGCGCCCGCGCCCGCGGCCUCGGACGCCCGCUCCUGCUCGCCCUCGCCCUCGCCCUAGCGUCCCCGCUCGCCCCCGCCUCCGCCUCCGAGUCCGACCACAAGUACAAAGCGGAAGAGCCAGUUAAGCUCUGGGUGAAUAAAGUUGGUCCUUACAAUAAUCCUCAAGAAACUUACAACUAUUACAGCCUUCCAUUUUGUCAACCAUCUGAGAACCCCAUACAUAAAUGGGGUGGUCUUGGAGAGGUUCUGGGAGGAAAUGAGCUGAUUGAUAGCCACCUUGAGAUAAAGUUCUUAAGAAAUGAGGAGAAGGUCUCCAUUUGUACACUUGAGCUAGAUUCUAAAAAGGUUCAGCAGUUUGCUGAUGCCAUUGAGAACUCAUAUUGGUUUGAAUUUUUCAUAGACGAUCUGCCUCUUUGGGGUUUCGUUGGGGAGACUGACAAGAACAGUGAAAACAAGCAUUAUCUAUACACACACAAGAACAUCCUUGUUAAGUACAAUGAAAACAGGAUAAUUCAUGUAAAUCUCACCCAAGAGUCUCCUAAGCUUCUUGAAGCUGGUAAGAAAUUGGAUAUGACAUAUUCAGUGAAGUGGGUAGCAACAGAUGUGUCAUUUGCACGUCGUUUUGAAGUGUACCUGGACUAUCCUUUCUUUGAACACCAGAUUCACUGGUUCUCCAUUUUCAACUCUUUUAUGAUGGUUAUUUUCCUAACUGGUUUGGUUUCGAUGAUAUUGAUGCGCACUUUGAGAAACGAUUAUGCCAAAUAUGCUCGUGAAGAUGAUGAUCUGGAGUCCCUGGAGAGAGAUGUUAACGAGGAAUCAGGAUGGAAGCUUGUCCAUGGUGAUGUAUUUCGGCCUCCCCGAAGUUUGAUGUUUCUUUCUGCACUUGUUGGUAUUGGCACCCAGCUGACAGCUCUUAUCCUACUUGUGAUUGUGUUGGCCAUCGUUGGCAUGUUAUACAUUGGGCGAGGUGCUAUCAUCACAACGUUCAUUGUGUGCUAUGCUCUUACAUCAUUCAUUUCUGGAUAUGUUAGUGGGGGUCUUUACUCAAGGAAUGGUGGCAAAAACUGGAUUAAAGCUAUGGUCCUUACAGCAUCCCUCUUUCCGUUCCUGUGUUUUUCAAUUGGCUUCGCACUGAACACAAUUGCUAUCUUCUACCGCUCAUUAGCAGCAAUACCAUUCGGCACGAUGGUUGUCAUGUUUGUACUUUGGGCUUUCAUUUCCUUUCCCUUGGUGCUUUUGGGGACCGUUGUUGGUAGGAACUGGAGUGGUGCUCCUAACAACCCCUGCCGUGUAAAGACUAUUCCGCGGCCUAUUCCUGAGAAGAAGUGGUACCUUACACCUUCUGUCAUCUCGUUGAUGGGUGGGCUGCUUCCCUUUGGCAGCAUCUUCAUUGAGAUGUACUUUGUGUUCACGUCAUUCUGGAACUACAAGGUGUAUUAUGUCUAUGGUUUCAUGUUGCUGGUCUUCGUCAUCCUUCUAAUAGUCACCAUCUGCGUCACUAUCGUGGGUACCUAUUUCUUGCUGAAUGCCGAGAACUAUCAUUGGCAGUGGACUUCGUUUUUCUCUGCAGCAUCAACCGCUUUGUACGUGUACCUAUACUCCAUCUACUACUACCAUGUGAAGACAAAGAUGUCAGGCUUCUUCCAGACAAGUUUCUACUUUGGCUACACAUUGAUGUUCUGCCUUGGUCUAGGCAUUCUUUGUGGUGCUAUUGGGUAUGUAGGGUCAACCCUGUUUGUAAGGAGAAUCUACAGAAAUAUCAAAUGUGAUUAAAUUCCUGCUACCCAUUAGCAGCAGAGAGAUGAUAUGUAUUGUCAGUGCGGAAGCAAGGCCUCAAAAUGGAUUAAUGGUAGAUCCUGAAUAGGUUUUUGAAACUACAGAGGACAUGGUCCCUUUGUUCACUAUUAUACGCAUUUUUUGCUUGCCUGCUUAUUCCUGUGGAAUCGUCGUCAUAAUGUACACCUAUGUAGUUGAGGAUUAGCCUAAAGCACCGGUUUUUAUUCUUCUUUUUCUUUUUGUAUUUUUGUUUGGUAGGAUGUAAUCAGUGAAUGUUCAUGCGGCGCGAGCACAAUUGUCGGGAAAUUUCCCUCCUAUGCUAUAUGCAUCAUAUCAUCCCGUUCAAAGUUCAA